CCGCUUCGAAGCGUUUGAUGGGCCAAUCGAAGAAUCUUAUGCUAAAAACGAAAAUACCUUUUACCCUCACUAGAUUAUGUGAUUUUGUCGGGAAUGUACCGACAUAUCGCAUACGCAAUAUCAAUUAUCGAUAUAUACAAUUUGUUAACGAGUUUGCAGAGAUUUCUACGAAGAUGACGUUGUUGUAGAAAAGCAGUCUGAAAAAUUCUGCUUUUAGCAGAACGUUUUUACUAUUACUUUUACAUUAAUAUAUAAUUGAUGUAAUUGACAUUUUGCAAAUAUGUUACCUGUAUAUAUAUUAUCGAAAUACAAUAUAAAGUCCUUAAAUGGAGCGUUAUUUCAAUGGCGAAAUAUUACUGUUAGAUUAUGUUCGUCAUCAUCAGACUCAUCAUCAUCUGAUUCUGAUUCUGAUUCUGAUACUGAAAAAGCCAAAUCAAAGAAAAAUAUUAAAAAUUCUGCAACAUCAGAUAAUAGGAAUAAUUUGGGAAGUUUCUUAAACAAUAUGAUACAACAAACUGUAUCUACAAAGAUGGCCAGAGAUACUGGGAUGUUUAAAGAUACUCGCUCAGAUAAUGCGAAACAAGAAACUACAAAAUCGGCAAAUGCAACAGAUUUAACAGAGUAUAUAAAUAAUAUGAUGAAAGCGAGGAAAUUGGAGAAAACCAUUGAUGUUGCUAUACAACCUAAAAACAAAUCUAAAAAUUCAUUGAAUAAAGCCAAACAUAUGUCAUAUGAAAAAAAAUUAAUAAGUGCAGCAGAAAAUGUAGCCAGCGCACUUGGUGGAGAUAAAACAAAGACUACAUCAGAUUUACUUCAGAAAGUUCUUGCAUCUAGAGUAGAAAUACUGAGAGAAGAACAAUUGGCAAAUACGAACUUAAAGGAGGACGCUAAAUCGCCAAAACGCGAAGAACAAAUAGAUAACAAAUAUUCAGAAAAAAAAUCUAUAAUACACACUCUGCUCAAAGAAUAUAAUAAGCAAUCAGUGGUUGAAAAUAGUAUAGCAAAUCAAUUGUUAAGUAAAAUCAAAAUAUCUGAACAAAAUGAUCUAAAAAGGUCACGUGUCAGACAAGACAUCGAUUUAUGGAAUGGGGAGCCUAGUCGCAUUUUUGAAAAUAUGGGUGUCGCUUCGCAAAAUGUACCGGAAUUGAAAACUUGGACAGCAUUAGAACAAAGGGAAUUGAAAGCAUUGAUGACUUACCCACCUGCCAACAUAUUUCAAGAAUUGAUUCUUUGGACAGAACAAGGAAAAUUAUGGAAAUUUCCUAUCGACAAUGAACAAGGAAUGGAAGAAGAACAAAAUAUUCAUUUUUCAGAACAUGUCUUUAUGGAACGUCAUUUGAAAGAAUGGUGUCCUAAAUCAGGACCAGUACGUCAUUUUAUGGAAUUAGUAUGCACUGGACUUUCCAAAAACCCAUAUUUAACAGUUCAAGAGAAAAUAAACCAUAUUAUGUGGUAUAAAGAUUUCUUUGAAUCAAAGCAAGACUUAUUGCAAGAGCUAGGAGCAAUUCAGAAACCAUUUCCUGAUAAAACAAAAGAGAUUAAAGAAAACAUCAUGCCAAAGAAUAAAGGAAAGGGAGGUAAAAAUAGAAGAAGAGGAAAGAAUGAGAACGAGACCGAAAAGAGAGAAUUGGUGUUCAAGGAGGAUGGACAAGAAUAUGCUCAAGUGACAAAAAUGCUGGGCAAUGGUAGACUAGAAGCGAUGUGCUUUGACGGAGUCAAGCGACUGUGCCACAUUCGAGGAAAGCUUCGGAAGAAAGUAUGGAUAAAUCAGGGAGAUAUUAUAUUAAUUGGUUUACGAGAUUACCAGGAUGCUAAAGCGGACGUCAUAUUGAAAUAUACGGCCGAUGAAGCACGUAACUUGAAAACUUAUGGUGAAUUCCCAGAAACUGUACGUAUCAAUGAUACAGUUACCUUUGUGGAAGAUGGAUUUGAUGAAGAUAUUGAGUUUGGUGAUGAAAUUAGCGACAAUGAUGAAGAUGAUGUUGAUAAUAACAUCAUGCCAAAGAAUAAAGGAAAGGGAGGUAAAAAUAGAAGAAGAGGAAAGAAUGAGAACGAGACCGAAAAGAGAGAAUUGGUGUUCAAGGAGGAUGGACAAGAAUAUGCUCAAGUGACAAAAAUGCUGGGCAAUGGUAGACUAGAAGCGAUGUGCUUUGACGGAGUCAAGCGACUGUGCCACAUUCGAGGAAAGCUUCGGAAGAAAGUAUGGAUAAAUCAGGGAGAUAUUAUAUUAAUUGGUUUACGAGAUUACCAGGAUGCUAAAGCGGACGUCAUAUUGAAAUAUACGGCCGAUGAAGCACGUAACUUGAAAACUUAUGGUGAAUUCCCAGAAACUGUACGUAUCAAUGAUACAGUUACCUUUGUGGAAGAUGGAUUUGAUGAAGAUAUUGAGUUUGGUGAUGAAAUUAGCGACAAUGAUGAAGAUGAUGUUGAUAAUAUCUGAUGACCUGCGGUAUAAUAAUAAAAAAAAGGUAUGUCAUGAAAAUGCAUGGGGACAUCUAUUCAUUUCACAAAAUACUAUUAUUUGUCAAAGUUUUCUUCUAUUGAAUAGCUUAUCUCUCUGUAUGUAUUCCCAAAUAAAUUGUCAGUUUAUGGAUAACGUGUUCCAAUUCGAAUAGUUAUAUUUGGUAUUUGUAAGUUUUAUAGGAACAUGAAUUCUUUUUUAAUAGGAAAAAAUUAUAGUUGAUAUUUAACAUAUAUUAAAUUUAAAUUUUGCAUUAUUUCGAGUAUACUACAUGCCAGAUUUGCUAGAUUUAUGUUUGUGUACAGUAUCAAUAUGUAUGACCAGUUUCGUGACCAUCUCUCUGUAUUUUUCUAUAUUUCGUAUAUUAUCUGCCAAUAAUACACGUGUAUAUCGUCAUUUAAGCAGGAAAUAGGAAUGUACAUCACAGCGAGUACUCUCUUUUAUAUGUUGAAAUGUUUCACUCUAAAAUAUUCAUCGAGAAACGAAAUAACAUACAAUUAGAGAUCUCGUCCUCUGUCAGAUUUCGACGAGAUUUUAGAGCCAGUACAAUUAGUAAAUUGAUAAAUUAAUAAAUUAAAAGACAACUUGGGAUGAGUUCCUAGUGAACAGAAAAACUUCUUGUCUUAGCGUGAUUAUUAUUAUAGUUUGAUUGAUUACACACGUUGGUAAUAAUGAUACAGUCAUUUGUUACGAUAAAUAACGUGUGCCAGAUGUAAUUCUCGGAACAUAUGUUGUGUUAUGUAUCUCAGUGCAAUUAUUCAAUACAUGUUAUUCGUUACAUCAAAAGGGGACUAUAGUGUGUGCUACAUUUCGACAAUUAACAUCGGUUAUUAACGAUGAAAAUGUACAAUUAAUCAUUUUUAUGUAAUGAAAGAAUCUGGAAAAUAAUAUUAUUGUUUAUUUAUGUACAAUUAAGUGGAACAAUAAGAUACAAUUAUAAACUCGAAUUUUUUUCAUAUGUUAAAUAAAAUUGCGUAUGUUUAACAAAUUCUAAAAA